AUGAUCAUGAUCAUCAGCUUUUCUCUCAUUCUUUCCGCCGUUGUAAGAUACGAAAACGCGAGAAAGUUGCCUGGUAAUCCACUCGGCACCGUGCCAGUACCGCCUCUAGGAAUUACCGACUUUCCAUGCCGAGUCUUCAUGGGUAUUGCUGGAAUGGACUUUCUCUUUAGUAUCUCAAUCUUGUCUUUGUUUUACCUUUCAAGCAAGGUAUAUACUUCGAAAUCGCUCAAAAGUGGAUAGCGUUAUUGACUUGAUGGAUCCAGUUUAAGCAAAGUGCGGAUGUGGUCAAUGCCGUAUUUGCGAUUAUUAGCGCCGUUGGUUUUGCAACUUCAAUGCGCGCUUGCUUUCUCCUUAAAAAACAAGUCAAAUUUCGAAGCGAUCUCUGGUACGUUCAUCAAUGACGAUAAAUGAAAUGCAGGCAACAAGCUUACAACUUUUCAGGAAAUGGUCCUGCGAUAAUCUUAAAAGUGGCAUUUCAUCUCCCCCUCUGGACUUUGAAGUUACAUGCCACGUCGUGGAAUACGGCUGGAAGUUUGGUCUUGUUCAGGCUUCUUUGGAACUGCUUACCUUCAUCGUGUCCGUCGCCGUAUUUUGCAUUUUGAAGUACUCGUAUUUUGCACGUUAUGGACGUUUUGGAAAGAUAUUCUGAUGAACUUUGCACUUCUUCCAAUAAUACCCAUAUACCUCACCAUUAGUGAAUGGGACAUGCUGGAAGGACCGCUUAAUUAUUGGAUAUCAACGAAGUCAUGAGAAAAGUUUUCUCCUUGGUUCUGGCUAGUGCUCUCUUUCUUUCUUCGAGCUUAUAGUAAUCUGUCUUUGCAAUUCUCUAUUUCAGUCACAGACAGAUAGCACGCCUAGCCUUGGGAGUAAUUCUUUCAUCGAUCUUGGGAGUAUCAUCACCGCGUAUGGGUUCUGGCGAUAGUGUGGC